ACGAUGAGCUCUUCAGUUCCAACCGUAUCAUUUGUCGACAGUAACCAGAAUCGUGAAAGUCACUACAAACCACAAAAUGGGUAAACUAAUCACUCUGACAGUCGCCGUUCUGGCUUUGGCCGUAGCGAAGGCCGCUGACGUUGAACAGGCGCCACUGGACACAAUCGAGGCGCGCAUCACCCUGGUGGAUGACAUCGCGGCCUUCAAAGCUGCCAAUCCUCAGGUGGAGCUCGUCCCGCUGCAGGUAGCCCGCGACGCUCGGUUGCAAAUUGUUUACACUCUGGGAAAUCGAGUAUCAGGGGAUCGUUUGGUGGCUAGCGGUCAGGAUGGCCAAUCUUGGUCCUCACUGCAGGAUGUGUCACUGAACCUGCGUUAUCCCCAAUCCGGCACGGGUUCCGUUGUGAGCUUCGUUCAGGUGGUGGUUAACCAGAGCUCGAACCAGGGCCGAGGCUACGUCGCGGCGGGAGGUAUCGGCCAGCGGUACAUCCAGCUGGUGAUCGAAGCGCUCAAUACAAGCUUCUUUAACUACAGCGCGCAAAUUUAUGGAUACUAGUUGACUGUCUGUUGAUUUUUUAAUUGAUUACAUUGAAUACCAUGGGCUUGGAAAAGAA